AUGGCUCCCGGGAGCGUCGCUUCCAGUGACACCUCUUCCUCGGCCUCCUCGGCCUCCUCCGCCUCCUCGGCCUCCGCAGAGGGGUCGUCCAUGCCGUCAGGGUCUGAAAAGCCAGGCCUGGCCCGGGGCGCCGUGCGGGCGCCGCGCCGCCACCCUCCGGUGCUUCGCAUGGUGCUGGAGGCGCUGCAGGCCGGGGAGCGGCGCAGGGGCACCUCGGUGGCGGCCAUCAAGGUCUACAUCCUGCAGAAGUACCCGACGGUGGACGCCCUCCGGCUCAGCCACCUGCUGAAGCAGGCCCUGGCCACGGGCCUGCACCGCGGCCUCCUCGUCCGGCCCGUCAACUCCAAGGCCAAGGGGGCCACCGGCAGCUUCAAAUUAGUCCCCAAAGACAAAAGGAAAAUCCCACCCAGGAAGACGGCCCCCAGGAUGCCAGGUCAAACUGAGGGGAAGGACCCCAAGAAGCUGAGUGAGUCAAAGAAGGACCGUGCCAACCCAGGCGAGGUGAAAAAAGGAUCCAGGAAGCCCGGAGAGGGGAGGGCAGCUCCCUCCAAACCAGGCGCAGCCAAGAAGGCCCCCAAGAAAGGCACACAGACCAAGGACCCAGAGGCAAGGCUGGCUGAGGCCAAGAAGUCCUCCCAACGGCCGGACAAGGCCGCUCAGGCCCCUCCCAGUGCCAGUGGGCCCGGCAGGAAGUCGAAGGUCAAAGAAAGAGGGAGCCGCCAAGCAGAUACCAAGGCCCACAGGAAGACACAGCCUGGAAGUCAGAGUUCAAAAUCCACCAAGGUAGGUGGUGAGAAUGGUGCUUCCUUGGCCAAAAAGAAAAUGGGGGGCAAGGUCCCUAAAGAGACUGCUGGGGAGGGGCCCAAAGCCAAGGCCCCUGUUCCUCCCAAGGGCACUGGGUCCAAGAGAGAGCCUGUACCACUGGCCAGGAAGGCUGAGGCCUCUAAGGGCCCGAGAAAGCCUGGCAUCCCCACCAAGUCUUCAGCGUCCAAAGCAGCCAGCAAGAAGGCAGAAGCUGAGGGCUAG